UGCAUUCCACAGUGCGGGACGACAAAGCGUCACUAAUGGAAGUACAGAGAAAUAUCGGGUCCCAACAGUCAAACAACAGCAUGUGUGAAUCGACGCAGAGGUCCUGUGAACCUUACCGAAAGAGAAUGGAUGAGCGCAGUGCGUCUUCAGAGAUGGCCAGGAUAAUCACUGAUCCUGCCACGGGGAAGUGCUACUGCCGUGGGAAAGUUUUGGGAAAGGGAGGAUUCGCUAAAUGCUACGAGAUGACCGACCUCUCCACUGGCAAAGUUUAUGCAGCCAAAAUCAUCCCGCACGCACGCGUCUCCAAACCUCACCAAAGAGAGAAGAUUGACAGAGAGAUUGAGCUGCACAAAGCACUGCACCAUAAACAUAUUGUGCACUUUUAUCAUCAUUUUGAGGACAAGGAGAACAUCUACAUCCUGUUGGAAUACUGUAGUAGAAAAUCGUUAGCCCACAUCCUGAAGGCUCGCAAAAUGCUUACUGAGCCAGAGGUGCGUUAUUAUCUAAGACAGAUUGUCUCUGGCCUGAAGUACCUGCAUGAACAAGAAAUCCUUCAUAGAGACCUGAAACUUGGUAACUUUUUUGUAAGUGAGUCGAUGGAGCUGAAGGUCGGGGACUUUGGUCUGGCUGCCAAGCUGGAGCCAGCAGGAAACAGGAGGAAGACGAUCUGUGGGACUCCCAACUAUCUGUCCCCUGAGGUGCUCAACAAGCAGGGCCAUGGCUGUGAAUCAGACAUCUGGGCCCUAGGCUGUGUAAUGUACACCAUGCUCUUGGGCAGACCACCAUUUGAAACCACGAACCUGAAGGAGACAUACAAGUGUAUUAGGGAGGCACGUUACUCCCUACCAUCCUCACUGUCACCACAGGCGAAGCAGUUAAUCGCCAGCCUGCUGGCCAAGAUUCCAGAGGACAGACCCAACCUGGACCACAUUCUGAGGCAUGAUUUCUUCACACAGGGCUUUAGUCCAGAGCGUCUGCCACCUAGCUGCUGCCAUUCAGCACCAGAUUUCCAUGUAUCUAGUCCCGCCAAGAGCUUCUUCAAGAAAGCUGCUGCUGCGCUCUUUGGUGGGAAGAGAGACAAGGUCAAAUACUACGAGACUCUAAAUAAGUUAACUAAGGAGGAAGAGGAGAUUUACAAACUACAGCACAAUCUGGAGAGAACUGUCAUCAGUCAACAACAGAGCAAAAAGAUUGCAGAGAAUGGAAGUCCACUUCCGCCAUCUGCCAGGAGCCCUGUUGCCCUGGCAACAGAGAGCGAGUCCCCAGCGAUGCGAGACACCAUUCAUCUGAUUGUCAGGGGGAGCCUGGGGAGCUGCAGCAGCAGCAGCGAAUGCUUGGAAGACAACACAACAGGGAGCGUGGCUGAGACAGUUGCAAGUGUGUUGAGGGGAUGCCUGGAGAAUAUGCCUAAAGCAGAUGACAUUCCUCAAGGCUCAGACAGCUGCAGUUUUCAAUGGGUGACUAAAUGGGUGGACUACUCCAACAAGUACGGCUUUGGCUACCAGUUGUCAGAUCACACUGUGGGAGUUCUCUUCAACAAUGGCACUCACAUGAGUCUCUUGCCAGACAGAAAGACCAUUCAUUACUAUGCAGAGCUGGGUCAGCGCACUGUCUUCCCCACCUGUGAGGUUCCUGAACACUUUGUGGGCCAAGUCACUGUGCUCAAGUACUUUUCCCAUUACAUGGAGGAGAACCUCAUGGAUGGUGGGGACCUGGGUAGUUUGACAGAUGUACACAUGCCCAGACUCUACCUGCUGCAGUGGCUCAAGUCUGACCGCGCCCUCAUGAUGCUCUUUAAUGAUGGCACUUUCCAGAUCAAUUUUUACCACGACCACACUAAAAUCAUCCUGUGCUGCCAAAGAGAUGAGUACAUGUUGACAUACAUCAAUGAGGACCGCAUCUCCAAGACCUUCAAACUCAGCUCCCUGCUGACAUCUGGCUGUCCCACUGACCUACGUGAACGCAUGGUUUACUCCCUCAACAUGCUUCUGCAAAGAUGCAGCUAGACCCACAAGAAUGCAUUCUGACACCAGUCCAUUGUGUUACUGCAGUUCUGACGUGGAACAAGGAUUGCAAGGAUUCAUAAAGGUUCUGUGCAAGACAUGUGGAGCAAAGAUGGACAUGUGCAAAGUAACAUUCCUGCACUGUUGCACCUUCAUGACUCAGCAGCAGUGCAGGUGGGAAAAAAAUACAGAACAGCUGAAGCAGACUGAGAAAAUGAAAUGUAGCACAAUGACUCUGGGUGGAAAAGGGCUGAUUUGUAUGUUGAGUGUUAUAGAAGAAGGACAGAGUAUGUUGGUACAAAUGUGAACCACAGAUGUUUGGAGAAAAAGAGGGAUGUUUUGGAAGUAAAGACAAAUGCUGGGCUGGUACCAGCUUAGCGGUGUACAGUAAAGUCGAAUCUGUUUAUAGAGGCAAUACAUAAACUGAGGCUCUGAAUGUAACCAGAGCUAGACUGUGGAAUAUUGUAAAUAAUGUAUAGUGUAUGUCACAUUCAACACAACAGUGCACAGAAUCAAUUUGCUAAUGUGUGUGAAUGCUGCACAGUUUGACUGUUUAUAUGUACUGUAUGAGCGUGAGUGAGUGGAAGGGCUGUAAUAUCACACUAACUUUCAAAACUGUGAUUUGUGCUCCUUACUGGCAGAUGGACUCAGCACAUCCAGCUGGGUACCAGAGAGGUGAUGUGAGGGUGGGGAGAGAGUGGGGGGGGCGGACCAGGAGGAGAGAAUGACAAAAAAAAAACAGUACCAGAGAUCCUCUAAGGAUCCAUGAGCCAUUAUCACCUUGGUAGAAAAUGUCCUAAAUAACUUAUUGUGUAAAAUAAAAGUGCAGUAUUUAUUUAUUUAAUAA